CCUCACACGAAUCACAAAAACCACUGAAAUAUCUCUACCGAUUAUAACAAAAAAACAUGUACGUUACAAGGCGCUUGUCGGAAUGCCAAAGAAACAGAUCGGAGUUGUUGGAAAGUCCAAACUCCGGUGUGCUUGUGAUUCAAGAUGAAGAGUCAAGACCAACUUGUUGCUUCGGAUCUUGCUACGAGGGUGGACUCAAAGGCUUACCAUUCCCACAGAACGCUAAGCUGACUGUGAAAUAUACCACCGUAAGUGAUCAAUCUCCCGUCGUCGUUAUAACUGAUCGUGAUCCGGUCAUUUUCAUUCCGGUACUUGAUCAGCCGUUAUCUUCAAACCGUUACUACACCAUUAUGCGAAGCGGGAAACACUCAGGAGAAGCUUCCGCAAAUGCGAAAGAGGAAGACAGAGUCCCAAGCUGCUUUUGCCUCAGCUAUGUUCCUGAAGCUAAGCCACAACAACCAGAUCCUAAUGAUAUAUACCAACAAUUUGAGAUCCAUCAAAAGAAAUCAGUGUCUGGAAAGUACUUUGCCACAUCCGUUGCACCUGACGGGAUACCACCAGAGUUUCUUAAGAGGAAGAAUUGGACUGUUAAGUACUCAACAUCAGAAGACUUUGGUCUAAGAGAUGAUGCGAAAGGUAUUUACACUAAUAUUCGUUCUGAGCUACCAGGUGAUUUUAGUGCAAGCGUUGUGGUAGGGAAAUGGUAUGUCCCUUUCAUAUUUGUCAAGGAAAGAGAUGCAAAGCAUCAGUUUAAGAAUUCAACUUACUAUAGCAUGAUUCUUAUCCAAAGAUGGGAAGAGGUUUACUCUUGCCAAAAUGACGAAAAGCGCGAGGUUGUUGUUGAUGUUGAAGUGGAAACACAAGUCGUGAAGCUUGAGGGACAAGAUAUUGGAAACAGGGCAAGAAGUGUGGACGACAAUGGGGUUGUUUGGUUUGAGGUUGCUGACAAGAGGAUUGGUUUGAGAUCUGCGGUUACCGAGAAGAUGAAAUGGGAAGAGGAGAGAUUCGGGUGGAAGAGUGAACCGAGAAGAGCAGUGGUUAAGAAAUCUGAGAGAAUUGAUGGAAGCGGUUCGAAUUGGAAAAGUUAUAGAUGUUAUGUGUUGGUGGAGAGCUUUGAGUUGAGGAGAACGGCUGGGAGUUUAGUGUUGACAUUUGAGUUUAAACAUGUUGAUAAGCUGAGAGCCAAGUGGGAAUCAUGAGAGAUUGAUUCUUAUGUUAAACUAUGUGUGUUAGUAAUGAUUUUCGUCAAUUGUUCUUUGUGUGAUAAGCUAUUAAAAAAGUUUGAAGUUUAA